UUCAGCAGAUUUAGCGAAAGCCUCGUUCUUUUUUUAAAUUUCCGGCGGCCAACGAAUAGAUGAAGAACAUAUCGACAAUGGAUGAAUUGGAUUAUGAGUUUUUCACUACAUCUAAUUACACACAUCUCUUCAACUUCGAAAAAAACUUCAACUUUAAGCAAACACAAAUAUGGAUGAAGGACCAUUUUCCAUACUGUUUUUUGUACUGUGCUCUUUAUGCAAUCCUAAUUUUUGGCGGAAAGCAUUACAUGUCAAAUAGACCAAAAUAUGAUCUGAGGCGUGUGCUUGUAUUGUGGAGUGCAAGUCUUGCAUUGUUUUCCAUUAUUGCAGUUUACAGAACUUUACCGAUUCUAUUGCAUCUAGUACGACACCAUGGGUUUUACUACACCACCUGUGCGCCUAGUGCUAAAAAACAUCCCAUUCUCUCUUACUGGGGUUAUCUAUUUGUUCUAUCAAAGCUAGUUGAAUUCGGCGACACAUUCUUCAUUGUGUUACGAAAACAACCGUUAAUAUUUCUACACUGGUACCACCAUAUUGUGACAUUUCUUUACGGCUGGCUCUCCUACGUAGAAGAAGCAGAAUAUGUCAAGUGGUUUGCUGUUAUGAACGGUAUUAUUCACAGCUGUAUGUACACUUAUUACACCGCCAAAGCAAUGGGAUUCCGUCUACCAAAAUGGAUAUCCAUGGCGAUCACUUUGAUACAAUUAUCACAAAUGUUUGUGGGCACUUUCCUAGCUAUGUUAAUUUACUAUUAUGAAUACAUCGCUAAAAUUAAAUGUCACAUUACCACGCUGAACAUCAUUGUCGUUACAAUCAUGUACAUCAGUUAUGCCAUUCUUUUUGCUAGAUUUUUCAUACAGACGUAUUUAUCUGACAAAUCUGUAAAGAACAUCGGAAAAGAAACCGAUGCCAAUAGCAAGUUAAAAGCUACCUGA